AUGGUGGAAGAUAGACAUAAGCGAGCACCUGGAUUUAAUGAGAGGUUCUAUAUUUGUCGUGGUACCGAAGGGUUCUAUAAUAACUUCAACAUCACUGUCAAGUAUGACAAACAUGUGACUGCGGCUGCUCUUUCAAUUGCAUUGAAAUCCUUGAUACGCAAAAACAGCUGGUUUACCCAUAAUUUUUUCAAGAAAGAUGGCACAGAUAGUGCAAUUCACAAUGGGCACAAUUGGACGCUUCAAAUUGUCAACCAGAUUCGGUUCGAUGACGUUGUGAGCUUUGAAAAAAUUGCUCACUUUAAUGAAAAAGUGCUUGUUAAAUUGAACGAGCAAAGAGUUGAAAUGAAUAUUGAUAAACCGUUAUGGAGGAUAAUUGUGUUUGAAGAAGAGGAGAAUAACAACGAGCAAUUAAUUUGUAUCUAUGUUGAUCAUUCUCAAUUUGAUGGUCUUUCUGCCGUACAAUUCCAAAAAGAUUUGUCCCGAGAACUUGCAUUAAUCGAUGAUGAUGAUGAUGAUGACGAGAAAGAAGAAAAUGAAACAAAAGUGAAGGAAAUUCUUUUCGACUACUCAAGGGAUUUACAAUAUCUACCUAAUAAAGUGAUGCCGCCCGCUGAAUACGCGACGGACUUGUACAUCCCUCCGUUAACAACAGUGGUGAACUACCACUUGGGUAGAUAUGUGCCCUUUUAUGAAAAUAUAUAUAAUUGGCUAUAUGAACCAAAGCGUGGUGAAUACCCCUUGUUUGUCAAUAAAUCACCCAUUAGAAAGGACAUGGCAAGCAAAUACAAUAUUCUCAAAAUCAACCCUGAUACUACAGUGCGAAUCACUGAAUUUUGUCGUUUGCACGGUGUCUCAGUUACAGCAUAUCUUGAUAUAAUGGUUAUAAAGGCAUUACAAAACUCUGUGUUCAAGGCAAUGCACGGGACCUCUCAACUCAGUACCACCUCCUACGUGGCAAUAAACGGCCGCAGGUAUUAUGCUAGAGACAUUCAAGAUUUUAGAUUUGGUUCAAUGGUGUGUGGAGCCGAAGUAUAUCUCCCCCCAAUUGAAAACGACAUUUUAUUCAUGCAAGAAUUUACCAAGCAACUAACAACAAGCAUCAAAUCCAAAAAUGCAUUCAAAGCCAUAGGAAUGCUACAAUACAAAAACGCGUGGAAGCUUCUAAAUGACAAAAUUGGUAAAAUUGGAGGAGGUAGACAAACAUUUACAAUUUCAAACUUGGGCAAAAUGACAGAUUCCAAUAACAUUUAUAAGUUCAAGGAGAUGUAUUUUGGUGCCAGCGUUGGUGUAAUGUAUAACCUUGUGGUGAACAUAACAACAUUGCCAAAUAAUGAGCUAACCAUAGUAUUUGGGUACUUGCCCGAAUUCGAGCUGCUUUAUCUAGACAACAAAAAUGCAAUUGAAGUGUUUACCAGCUUGUUUAAGCAGUAUGUUAAUAAUGUAUAG